AUGAAAAAGUUUCAACCAGACACGCCGGUUUUUAUUGAAAUCAAGUCUCUUUCUGAUUCUCCACACUCCGGGGCUGAGCAGCCCACGCCGCAGCAGGCCUGCCACAAACGCCGCGUCCAGAACUUUGCACAACUCGAGGGCAGCCCAGACGCCACUCAGGACUCUCGGCUGCGCGGCGGGAGACCCGGCCGGGGUUCGAGCCCCGGGCGCGGCUCGGGGAAGUCCCCGCCUAGCCCACCCCUCCGGACCGAUACGCCCCGGGGCCGCCUCCCCGAGGGCCCGUCCGGAGUCGGGCAGCCGCGGCCGGGCGGGAAGCUCGCGCGGAGAGGGGAGCGGGCCUCGGCGCGCGGUCGGCCCUCUGCGGCCCCAUCCCCGACGCCGAGGAGAAAGUCGCACUUACCGCGUCGGGCUCUGGAGGCGCCCGGUGGUCACGGCGGGGACGGCGGGGAACGGGGGCCGGCGGGCCGAGGAGAGGGAUGCUCGGCCCCUCGGGCGCCCCCAGCCCCUUCCCGGCAGCCUCACCCCCGGCGCCGGCCGGCCCGGAGCCAGCCACUCCGCCUCCGUCAGGCCGCACCAGGCCAGUGGGGACAGAAAUUAGUCAGGCAGCCCCGAAGGGGGGCGAGCGAGCCGGCGGGUGGGGGUCGGGGGUCGGCUCGCCAGUCAGUCCGGGCGCGGCGCGAGCGGCUGCCCGCCCGCCCCGCCCCCUCCAGCAAGGCUCCGCCCCCUCCACCCAGGCUCCGCCCCCUCCUCGCUAGCCCGCCUGCCCCGGGAGACCGCCGCCGCCACCCGGUUGGCGGUUUCCCUUGCCCCGGGAGUGGUGCCCGCCGACGGCCUGGGCCCGGGGAGGGAGAGGAGAAGGGGGAGGGGCGGGGAGUAGACGGGAGGCAAGGCCGCAGGCUGCGGGGAGGGGAGCUUUUGGGGGAGGAGAACGUCAGGCUGGGUGGGGCUCUGGGGGGAGGGGGCGGGGCGCGGAGGACCUGA